CGACUUGAAAAUUGAUUGUAAUUCGAUUAAAAAUCGGUGGAAAUUUUUUCAGAAUUUUGAGGAAAUUUCUGAUGAGGAAAAACGGUUUCCUAUAGCUUUUGCUAGGACUGUUUAUAGGGAUUAUUUAAUGCUUGAACAAAUGUUAUCUGUUGAAUAUGCACCCCAUAAUGUUUAUUGUUAUUCUUUGGACAGAAAGGCUGACAAAAAGUAUUUUUAAAAAUUUUAAUUUUUAUCAAAUUAUGUCAAAAUGUCGAACAUUUAAAUGUCAUAGUUUCAAAAUGUCGAAAGUCAAAAUGUCAAAUUUCAUAAUGUCGAAUUUCGAAAGGUCAAAUUUUCAAAAUGUCUAAAAUCGGAAUGUCGAAAGCAAAAUGUCAAAGUGUCGAAUUUCGAAAUGUCAACUUUCAUUUCGCCAAAAUUUUCAUAAUGCCAAAAUCUCAAAACACCAAAAAUUUUUCCUUAAAUAUCCCUCAAUUUUUUAACAGAUUCAAGGAACGCAUCCGAGCCCUUUCCCGUUGCUUCUCUAAAAAUGUGUUUGUUUCUGAUGUAGAAUACAAUGUCUACAGCAGCGGUAAAAAUGUCAGUCGCUCACAUUUAUCGUGUCUUGAAAAUUUGAAUAAAAGAAAGGAAGACUGGAAAUAUGUUGUUUUACUGCAGAAUCACGAUUUACCUCUACGUACCAACGCUGAACUUGUCCGCAUAUUUAAAGCAUACAACGGAACAAACGAUAUCGCCACAAAAAAUAUUGUAAAAAACACGGUUGUUAAAUCGCUGGAUUGGUCAUUGAAAGGAUUGCGGCUUUACAGAAACGGUUUGGGGUUUUUAAUUAAAUCUUAG